ACAGAGGCGGAUGGGGGAGGAGCCUUGGCCCCUGUCUGCACUCAGAGCAAGGCUGCUUGAGUGGAGGGGCAGCCGAUUGAGACAAGUUUCGAUAGAGACACAGAGGAAACACUGAGGCAGAUUUCUUGGACUAUAGAGCAACUUAAGCAAAGACUGAGAGAGAUUUCUUGGACUACAGAAAGACGGGGGAAGAAAACCUUAUUUUCUACAGUCUGGCUCAAACGAACACUAAGGGAGAUCUCCUGGACUACAGGCCAGACACUGACUUUUUAUAUCCUUUCAGACUAUAGACCUGACAAACGGAAUCUUUUAUGAAGGAGAUCAAUAUUUAACCACCACAUGGACUGCCUCAAGACAAUUUAGAUAGAUAGCUAGAGCGUGUCUGUCAAAAGUCCACAGCUGUCAGGAGGGAAGACCAUUAAGUAGUCAGUGAAGAAACGACAAAGCUCUGUGCCGGGUUCUCCAGACCCAGACACGCAGGAGAAGAGCAGAGCCUGGAAAAAUUGGAGAAAGAGGGGGAAUACGGAGCCCAACCGGCUGGACUGCACCCUAGAACUCAUCACUCCCUGUCGUAGGCUUAUUCUGUGUGCGGAGAACAGGAAAGAGAUGGAGGACUGGAUGGCAGCGCUGAAAAGUGUCCAGAACAGGGACCCCUUUGAGUCUACCCAGUACAGCAUGGACCACUUCUCUGGGAUGCACAACUGGUAUGCCUGCUCACACGCUCGCCCUACCUACUGCAACGUCUGCCGGGAGGCGCUCUCCGGAGUCACGUCACAUGGGCUGUCCUGCGAAGUGUGCAAGUUCAAAGCCCACAAGCGCUGCGCGGUCAGAGCUACCAACAACUGCAAGUGGACCACGCUAGCAUCCAUUGGGAAGGACAUCAUUGAAGAUGAGGAUGGGAUCUCUAUGCCACACCAGUGGUUGGAGGGCAACCUGCCGGUUAGCGCCAAGUGUACGGUGUGUGACAAGACCUGUGGCAGCGUGCUACGGCUGCAGGACUGGCGUUGCCUCUGGUGCAAAGCCAUGGUUCACACAACAUGUAAGGACCAGUUGUCCAUCAAGUGUCCCCUGGGUCAGUGCAAGGUGUCUGUCAUCCCCCCAACAGCCCUAAACAGUAUAGACUCUGACGGGUUCUGGAAGGCCACCUGCCCCCCCUCGUGCACCAGCCCCCUCCUUGUGUUCGUCAACUCCAAGAGCGGCGACAACCAGGGCGUUAAGUUCCUGAGACGCUUCAAACAGCUGCUCAACCCCGCCCAGGUGUUUGACCUCAUGAACGGCGGGCCGCACCUGGGUUUGCGGCUAUUCCAAAAGUUUGACACGUUUCGUAUCCUGGUGUGCGGGGGUGAUGGGAGUGUGGGCUGGGUCCUCUCAGAGAUCGACACACUGACUCUCCAUAAACAGUGCCAGCUGGGCGUGUUGCCCCUGGGCACGGGGAACGACCUGGCCCGGGUCCUGGGCUGGGGCUCGGCCUGCGACGACGACGCCCAGCUGCCACAGAUACUGGAGAAGCUGGAGAGAGCCAGUACCAAGAUGUUGGACAGGUGGAGCAUCAUGGUGUACGAAACCAAGUUCCCACGGCAACACUCCACAUCCACUGUGACUGAGGACUGCAGCGAUGACUCUGAGGUCCAGCAGAUUCUCACCUAUGAGGACUCAGUGGCAGCUCACUUGUCCAAGAUUCUGACCUCAGAUCAACACUCAGUGGUCAUCUCCUCCGCCAAAGUGCUGUGUGAGACGGUGAAGGACUUUGUCGCUCGCGUGGGGAAGGCCUAUGAGAAGAACACCGAGAGCUCUGAGGAGUCUGAAGCCAUGGCCAGAAAGUGCGGAGUGCUGAAGGAGAAGUUAGACUCUCUGCUGAAGACCCUGAGCGAAGAGGCUCAGGCCUCUACGGUCAUGCCGGCACCCCCUCCUACCAUCGCUGAGGAGCAGGAGGAGGGCGAAGGGGUCCUGGUGCCCCCGCCACAUGCCCCCGUGGCCCCCUGCUCCCCCAGGACCACCUCUGCCAUCUUCAAGCCCAGGGAGCAGCUCAUGCUGAGGGCCAACAGCCUGAAGAAGGCCAUCAGGCAGAUCAUCGAGCACACUGAGAAAGCUGUGGAUGAGCAAAAUGCCCAGACCCAGGAGGUGUUUGCUCUGGGGGCAGAGGAGGAGGAGGAGGAAGAGGAGGACGACGACGACCAGGACAAACUCUCGCUGCAAUCGUCUUACAGUGGUAUUGCCUGUAACAGCACCAAGAAUCGCCCAGUCCGCAGAGUAUGUAAGACACCUUGUGAGAAGCUUAUAAACAAGGGGGCCCUGUCAUUGGGUAGCUCUGCAUCACUUCCUGCCCAGACAGGAAGUAGAGAAAACAUGCCAAUGCUCAACACCAAGAUUCUCUUUCCAAGUCUCCGAGCUGGAAUAUCUGGCUCUCUGGAGAGUAGCUCUGUCAUCAGCAGACUGCUGGUGAACGCUGACCCCUUCAGCUGUGACCCAGAGAACUUUGAUUGUUACACUGAGAAAUGUGUGAUGAACAACUACUUUGGGAUCGGACUGGACGCCAAGAUCUCCCUGGACUUCAACAACAAGCGGGAUGAGCACCCAGAGAAGUGCAGGAGUCGCACCAAGAACAUGAUGUGGUACGGUGUUCUGGGAACCAAGGAGCUGCUCCAUCGAACCUACAAGAACCUGGAACAGAAAGUGCUGCUUGAGUGCGAUGGGAGGCCCAUCCCUCUGCCAAGUUUACAGGGCAUUGCUGUGCUCAACAUACCCAGUUAUGCUGGGGGCACCAACUUCUGGGGUGGCACCAAGGAGGAUGAUACGUUCACUGCACCUUCGUUUGACGAUAAGAUCCUGGAGGUGGUGGCUGUGUUUGGCAGCAUGCAGAUGGCUGUGUCUCGGGUCAUCAACCUGCAACACCACCGCAUCGCUCAGUGCCGUACGGUGAAGAUCACCAUCCUGGGCGAUGAGGGGGUGCCCGUGCAGGUGGAUGGGGAGGCCUGGGUACAACCCCCAGGAUACAUCAAGAUCAUUCACAAGAAUCGCACCCAGACCCUGACCAGAGACAGGGCCUUCGAGAGUACAUUAAAGUCCUGGGAGGACAAGCAGAAGUGUGAGUUCCCUCGCCCACAACCGCAGCAUGCACUGCAGCCAGAGACCGUCUCGGAGGAGGAGGCUUCCCAGAUCAACGUGUUCGGCCAGGCCGCUGGCGCCCUCAUUCACAGCAUCCGUGAAAUCGCUCAGUCCCACCACAACAUGGAACAGGAGCUGGCCCAUGCUGUCAACGCCAGCUCUAAGGCCAUGGACGUGGUCUAUGCCAACUCCAAGAGCUCAGGCGGUCUCAAUUGCAGUGUUGUGGUUCAGAUGGUCAGUAACGUAAAGGCUCUGCAUAGUGAGACAGAGCUUCUGCUAGCUGGCAAGAUGUGCUUGCAGCUGGACCCCCCUCAGAAGGAGCAGCUGAGCGGAGCUCUGGGCAGCGUGGCCCUGCAGCUCCGCAGACUGGUGGACAUAUCCUGGCUGUGCCAGCUCAUCGAACCAGGGGACGACGAGGGAAACCUGACGGAUUUCACCAAGCGAAGCCGCAGCGCUAAGUUCCGCCUCGUGCCCAAGUUUAAGAAGGACAAGAACAACAAGAACAAGGAAGCAUGCGCCACUCUCACUCUGCCAGUGCACCAGUGGGGCACAGAAGAGGUGGCCGCCUGGCUGGAGCUCAUCUGCCUCACAGAGUAUAAGGAGAUCUUUAUCGGGCACGAUGUGCGCGGUGCUGAGUUGCUGCACCUGGAGAGGAGGGACCUCAAGGACUUGGGGGUGACGAAGGUUGGCCACAUGAAACGUAUCCUGCAGGGUAUCAGAGAGUUGAGUCGCAGCAGCAGUGCCAGCGAGGCCUAGGCUCCCUCUUGUACGCCUGCCUGUGCUGCACCAGGAAGAACAACCCCUGCGAUGUCACCGAAUCCAGCCAUACCGCCCAUGCCUGAACCAACCCCCCCUCAACAGGACCAAUCAAGCUACAAUACCUUAAAACGAUUCUCUGUCUUAUCCAAUCAGAUUCUACAGCAGUGCCUUCACACACUUUCUCAGUGUCAAGACCGACCACAUGAAUCAUGAACCAAACCGCCAGGGAAUAGGUUUGGAGGGGAGGGCCAGGAAGAAAUUACAGGGAAGUCAAGAGGGCUGAUGACUAGGAACAAAAGCCUGAUAAACUUGUUUAACCAUAAUGCCUGAUCAACAAACCAGCCCCAGAUUCAGCUGGACUGUGAUAAUGGACCAAGUGGCACCUGAACCUUUAAACCUGUUUGAAGUCAGGAGCUUAGAGACUGAACAGGGAACCCUGAGCUUGUUAGCUGAGCAUUAUGAGCUGUAGACCUGCCAGAAUAUAUAGCAGACACCAUAGAUUUAUCUAUCAUUUCCACUGACUGGAUCAAUUCUAGAAAGAGUUUUGUAUUGCAGUAUAUAUUUAUUACAUAUAUUGUACCAGAUGUGUUAUCCCAGUGUAAAUUGUUUUACUAGGAAUUGACGUGGGAUGCCAGGAAAUAUGCUCCCCAACAAAAAACAAGACUAGAAUAGUCUGAACUUCAAAGAUGAGCAGUGACAAUCUUAAUGUACAUAUAAUUCACCUCCAGCUUUUUCCCCGGUGUCAGUAAUUUCUGUAUCUCUUUGUGUACUGUCAAUGUUCCCUGGCCUUUUUAUUGAUUUCAAUAUCACUACCUAGAUGGUGCCUAAGGGUUUGUGCUGCAUCAAUACGAUGAUCCAAAUUUUUCCUGGAGAUUUUGUUUUUUUGGAGUAGCAAGGGCUUCUUCUAGUAUGGGGGAAUGCCAAACUCAACAACGCCUUGUUACUCCCAGCUGCUUCAUAUCAAGGCUCAGGAUGUGUGAAGUCUUUUUGCAAAAUUUGGUGUCAAAUAGAUUGUAGUGGGUCUUGGUCACAUUUCCAACAAUAAAUGCGGUCAUCAGAUACCCAGUGGAUUUAAUGUUCUGCCCUGUUUCUUGCUGUGUGGCAAGUUUAUAAUCUGUUCUCUGUUUUUGCUUACAGGGUUGUGUGAGAUGUUUUUUAUGGUCAUAUCAUUUCCAUUUGUACAACCUCCUGCAGGGUUGUACUUUUUGUGUUGUCCAUUAAUGAGAACUCUCUGGUAAACAGUCUACAGCCGGUCCCAGUAUUUAUUGAUAAUUUAUAAGUUAGAAGUAAUACUGUAUCCUACACCUGUCUUACUUUGUACAUAAUCCCAACCCAGUGCUGUAAAUAUGUCCGUUUUGUACAGUGAAAUACCAUCAUCCUAUAAUUAAAUGUUUGUUUGUGA